GAUGUGUCUUUGUGAUGACAGCCAUCCUACUGCAUGUGCGGUGGUGUCUCCUGGUUUUGGUGUGCAUUUCCCUGACGACGAAUGGUGUCCAGCAUUUUCUCAUGUGCUGUUUGGACAUUUGUGCAUUUUCUCUGGAGCAGUGUCUGUUCGGAUCCUUUGACCGCUUCUCCGUUAGGCUGUCUUUUUAUUCCUGAGUUGCAAGAGUUCUUGGUGUAGUCGGUCGGAGGAGCUUUGAUCCUUGGAAACGGUUGGUCUGAGCCGCCCCAGGUUUGUGCGGAGGGAUGCCCUGACUCGGGAUGUAGCUUGCAGGCCGGAGGCCCGCCAGGUGGCGCUGUUGGGAAGGAGAAGGCGCUUCCUCUGCCAGGUACGCGCUAGGGGUUGCAGCCCGAAAACUGAGGCUGGUGGAAGGGUCCCUCACUGGUCCAGGAGGCCUGGGGCAGGAGGAGGAGUGGGGGAGUGAGAGAAAACUGUCGAUUUCUGAGUAUGGAUUGAGGCAACCUUGCAGGAAGAAGGACCCAGUGGACACUAAUUUCCACUUCAGUCCUCUUCCCUUGAGCAGGUUUUCGAUGUUCUCUGGUUUCACAGCCUGUUUUCUUCUGGCCAGCUUUUAAAAUUCAGUGCUUUUUCACGAACCCAUUUCUCUGUAUCCACAGAGUCCUUAAAACUGUCACUUAGAAAGCAGCAAGUGUGUUUUUGCCACGGAAACAGAUGUUCUGUCAAGCGGGUGCUUGAGCUCAGAGCAGACCCGAGUUCUGGGGGACUGCUCCGCGCUCACUGAGGGUCCUGGUGGUCUCGUGACGUGUCUUCUGUGACCCAGGACCUUUGAGGGUCCAGGCAAAACCCGUCUGUCCUGAUAUUUUUGGCAACACUGAAUGAACUUUCCAAGUCCUGUUCUGGUUGCCUUUGUGAGCCCCUGGCCCGGCUCCCUCUGCCCCUUGCUGGGGCCCCUGGGCCGCUCUGAUAUCCUCUGCGGGAGCUGCCUUUCCGGCUCUCUGGAACCCUGCUGCCCUGAGGCCGGCAGCCCCCUGUAAACAGUUCCUUCCUGCUGGAAGGGGCACACACUCCCUUCUGAAGCCACAGGUGCAGUUCAGUCCCUCCUGCAGAGCUCAGGUGACCCAGUGCCUGGAGGCCUUCCUUUGGCCCAGGCGAGAGAGGGCUGCCCUGGGGCGUGUCUAAAGCAGUCCUCGCACUUUGGCCAUCCUGGUCACUUUAUCGUGUGCUGGUCCGUCGUCCCCCCAGGCAGCAGGUGUCUCGAGGGCAGGGGCAGCUUUGAGGAGAUCAGCACCAUCAGGUUUGUGCCAGGACAGAAGAGCGCCAUCCGAGCAGCAGAGCCUAAAAACCGCCUGCACGCGGGCCCGCUUGGCCGCCCUCCCGUCCUCAGGUGCGGAGGUGGGCCUGGCCGGGCGGCGGUGCAGGGCCGAGGGCAGGGAGGCUUCCCUGGGGGGGACCACGCCGCCCUGGCGGCUUUGGGAGGUCCUGCCUGUGCUGCCCAAGGCCCCACCUCCCAGGGCCGUGUCGUGCCAGGUGCUGGAAGGCUCUCCGCUGGCACUGCGGCCGCCGGGGCGGAUCCUUCCCAUGGUGGUGAGUCAGAGCUUCAGAUCCCCUCCCACUUCCUGCCUGUCUGGCUCUGGACGUAACUGCGCAGGCUGGCCGCCUCCAUCCAGGCCUCCAGACAGACAGGGGCCUCCAGCUGCAUGUCUUACCUGCCACCUGCGUGGACCGCGAUGGCAUGCUGAGGUGGGACACUUAAGGGCAGCAGGGCCGGAAAGGAAGAGGUUUUAUCAGAACGUCAGCAUCGCACAGGGUGAAGGUGGCUUUGAGAUCAACUUAGACCACAGGAAGCUGCGAACUCCCGGAGCCAAGAUCUUCACUGUCCCCAGCGAGGCCCUCGCCGUGGCAGUGGCCACCGAGUGGGACUCCCAGCAGGACACCAUCAGGCCCUACACCAUGCACCUGACCACGCUGUGCAACACGGCUCUGGACAACCCGACCCAGCGAGACAAGGACCAGCUGAUCCGGGCGGCUGUCAAGUUCCUGGACACGGACACCAUCUGCUACAGGGUGGAGGAGCCGGAGGCGCUGGCGGAGCUGCAGAGGCGCGAGUGGGACCCGGUGGCAGAGUGGGCCGAGAGGAGGUACAGCGUGGAGAUUGGCUCCUCCACCAGCAUCCUGGGGCCCAGCAUCCCAGCCCGGACUCGGGAGGUGCUGGCCAGCCACCUGGCCUCUUACAGCAUGUGGGCCCUGCAGGGGAUUGAGUUUGUAGUGACCCAGCUCAAGUCCAUAGUGCUGACCUUGAGCCUACUCGACCGGCACCUGACAGUGGAGCAGGCCGUGCUGCUGUCGCGCCUGGAGGAGGAGUACCAGAUCCAGAAGUGGGGCAGCAUCGAGUGGGCACACGACUACGAGCGGCAGGAGCUACGGGCCCGCACAGCCGCCGGCACCCUCUUUGUCCACCUCUGCUCCGAGAGCACGACGGUCAAGCACAAGCUCCUGCAGGCCAGCGGCUGACCCUGUGGUCCCCGCACCGUGCCACCCCGACACCCUGCAGCCGGGAGCAGCUCGGGCCGAGCCCGGCACGCGUGUACGAAGGACUCUGAUUUUAUUAAAUGUUUCUCGCCCGGAAA